AGGAGGAGAGAACUCAGAGAGAGAUCAGAGAAGAGAGAGAGAGAGAGAAGAAACAGGCAAUUACACCCAGCUUCGCUCCCACAGUCCUAUCCCUCGCCUCCUUCAGGCCACGCGGAGCAGCAGCACGAGCAAUAGGAUUUUAACUGAGGAGAACGCGCAUCAAUAGGAUCUAAGAUUUCCUGGGAAUUGGUCACCAAAGACGGGGGAGUAAAGGAUACAGUGUUGACAAAAAGAGUUGUCUUUGGAAAGACAGGAGAGGAAACAAGUCCUCUAAAAUCGGCUCCAGCACAUUCCGAGGCUCUUCUUUAAGUGCCGUACGCCUACCGUUCGCACCUGCGUGCUGUACAUGUCCUCUCUCUCUGGGGAUAAAAGUGCGUAAAUAUCUUUUUAUUUUUUAUUUUUUUUACCGUUUUCACGGCAGGUGACACGCCGAGCUGUAGACUCACAGAUACGGUCCUGGAGCCACGAUGCUGAUCGGUACAUCGGCCCAGGGCAGCCCACUUCUGGCUUCCCUCCCCGUCCCAGGACGACCUCUGCAGCCUCAGCUCGACCUCAAACACCUCCUGCCCUUCAGACUCAAUGGAUCCUCCCCACUUAGCCUGUUCCCUAACUUUAAUACGAUGGACCCUGUCCAGAAGGCUGUGAUCAACCACACUUUUGGUGUUCCACAGCCACUCAAGAAGAAACAGAUUAUCUCCUGCAACAUUUGCCACCUGCGCUUUAACUCGACGAACCAAGCAGAGGCCCACUAUAAAGGUCACAAGCACGCCCGUAAACUCAAAGCCAUGGAGGCCCAGAAAAACAGGCAGCGACGAGCUGGGGAGGCCUCAUCCACAGGGAGAGAGCGAGACCGAGACAGAGACCGGGAACGAGAGCGGGACAUAAGCAAGACAUCUACAUCUGAGGCAGCCCUUCCUACACUUAUGGAUACUUGCUUAGAGGAGGGAACAAGUCUUCAGUCUGAUCUAGAAUCAGCCAACCUGGAGGUGAAGCUCGAGGAGAAUCCCAAGAGCUCGGUGAUGCUGACACCUGUAUCUGAGGUUUCUUCUAUGGAGCUGGUCACUCUUUCCCCCACUCAGAUUUCGCCUUCUUCACAGCUCUCUGAGACAGCUUCAGACACCAGUGCCCCUGAAGUCCCAGACGCUGUGGGAUCAGCCAACGAGUCAGGCAUCCGUGCCGACACAUCGAGCACAAAUGGGGUGCCUGGUACAGAUGAUGACAAAGACCCCAAGAAGAGCAAAGCUCACCUCCAUUGUCCUGUUUGUAAAGUCACAGUAAACUCAAUCUCCCAACUGGAAGCACAUAACAGCGGUACAAAGCACAAACUGAUGCUGGAGGGUCACAGUGUUCUGCCACGACGCAGGGGCAAAGUGGUGGCAGCUCGUGCAGGCUGCAAGAGUAAGCGGCUGGGCAGCAAAGGCAGCGUUGGGGUUCCCAGCAAGAACUUCCAGUGUGAAGUGUGUGAGAUCUUUGUGAAUUCUGAGACCCAACUGAGUCAGCACAUGAAUAGCAGAAGGCACAAGGAUAGGCUGGCCGGAAAACCGCCCAAACCCAAAUUUACCCCCCACAGCAAGAGCCAGCCAAGCUCCAGCUUAGCGAACGUGAGAUGGAGUGGCUAUGCAGGCGUGGCUGUGUCUGCCAUGAAGAAAGCAUUCAGCCAGUACAACCUCACCUCCCUCUCCUCGCAGACCAAACUGGCCUUGCAGAAGCAGCUGACCAAGAGUUUGACAACUGGCUUCCUGCCCAGCCCCCUCACCCCGCCAACUCUGUGCACAGUGGCAACUAACCCACUGGCGUUGCGCCACCCAGUGGGCACCACCACCUUCAUCCAGACCCCAUUCCUGGGCCCUGCACUGUUCCGGCCUGCUCCGGGGCCCCUGCGGGCCACACACACACCUAUCAUCUUCUCCCCCUACUAAAGACUUGACCCACUUCCCAUUUGAGCUCCACCCCUGUCCCUUUACCAAAUCCAAGGCCCUCCUUAAGUGUGACCCAUACAACAAAGACCACACGCAAACUAUGCAGCCUGCCUGACUUAAAACGGAAAGCGUGCACAACUUCAAACUCUCGAAAGGCCAUUAUGCCUAAGAGCUGUUCUUAAAAAAGGCCAAGAUCCCCCAUCAUGCCUUCUUUCUGCUCCUCUUAAAAUUACCCAAGGAGCAGGACAGGCCUCCAGACAGUGACUGGUGAACUGAGGCCGCUUUUAUAGCCAUUUCAUGGGUCAACGUGGUUUGAAUUAUGAAUAUUAUUGUGUAAUUUAUUAGAGAACAAAUAUAGGCAAGUCUAGAUGUAUGUUUAGUGUGGUUGCCACAAAAUAAGGUCCCUUUACUUGAUGCUCUUAUAAAACAUUUUUAACGUAUUGGUUUGGAGGUUUGAUGAAAGGUCAUCAUAGGUCAUUAAAGCAGCUGAACCCAAUCCAGAUGCUUGCACGUGCCAGUCUCAAUGAUCAGCGUCUUCAGCGAAGUUGCUUAAAGGAUCAACUGAGGUCAAAUGCUGAGGUUACGUUGCAGUUGGGAUACGGCAAUUGUUAAAGCAACUGUCUGGAGAAUUACCUCCACUUAACUUUAAGCUUUUAUGAAGGAUAAAAGUGACUGCUAUUUGUGGGUAGUGUGUGAAUCAAUAACUACAUACAGUAUACUCAUGUGUUAAAACCUCAUUAACAACAUUUUGCACCUCCAGCCCUCAGCCAAAUACUGCUCUCCCCAGCCCUUAACUCUUACGAAUAAAACACGUCUCUCUUUUUCUUUCUGAGUCACAGCCACAGUCAUAGCCCUCCAGAUUUUUUUCCGUUCCCGUAUCCCCAGGAUUAAGCAGUCAUUACAGUCCAGAAAAGGUCAACUUGUCAACUUGACUUUCUUUCAAUUUGCAAAUCUGUCUUCAGAAUGAUUUUUGCCCCAGUGCAUCAUUCACGCAAUGCAACUUGUACAUUAUGUUCUUGCCAAGCUGGCGGCAUGAAAACAUUUCUGCUGCUAUGGAUGUCUUAUAUUGCAAAACGCCAUAGUUUCUUUCCCCUCAUGACUGCUGUUCUUCUUUUCCUCCACCCCACUUUCGUCACCUCACUGUUGCCCUUGAUUUUCUCUGGCGUUAUCUCAGCAUGAGAUGAUGAGCAGCAGGGAAAGCAACCCCCCUCCCCCUCCUCCCUCCCCCAGUCACAAGCACAACAUCACACACAUAAUGAAAACACAAUGGAUAACUUGAAGACUUGAUGGGAUUUCAGAGCUUGAUAAAAAGUUUGGAUGACAGUAGGUGGGGAGGCUGCUCAACCAGUAUUUGAUUGACAUCUUCUUGCAGUGUCUGCACACACACGUGGGCGGGAACAAAGCACAGUGCCAUGGCAACCACAUUAAAAGCACCUUAAAACUAAUUUACCUAAAAAGCAAUGAAAAUCGUGUUUAUAUUAAGCUUUUUUGUGUAUGUUCUAUGAUCCCAUGUCAAUUUCAGUGAUAAUUUUUUUGGGAAAAAAAAAAACAAUCAGGUGAGAACGAUCACGUUAUGGUUUAUUAAGGACUAUGAUAAGUCUCACAUUUAAAGCAAUACAUUCAAUAUGUUUAUGUUUAUGAUGUGUUUUCAGUGUAUCAAUGGCUUUAUCUAUUCUCUACUGUAAACACCUGUAACGAUGUAUUAUGUAUUCCAACACAGCCAAGGGCCAACUCUGAUAUGUCAGCGAAGAGUCAUUUGAAAUAAUGGGUUGUCCCGGUGCUGCCCUUGAUGCUUGAUGCUCAUGGUCAGUCUCCACAUGUUGUGACUGUGGGCUGAGCCGUUCCAUUUAUAGCUGCUCUUGCGCUGCAGAGAGGGUGCUUCAGCGCCAUAUGACAUUGCUGUUUCACUCUUUAGUGGAGCAGAAGAACCUUUGUAUGACUUCCACUGAGCAAAACAUUGCCGUCAUAGUGAAGUGUUUUGGAUAAGUGUCACAAGUGCAACAUCAAAUGUCAUAUUGCUGUUUAUGCUAGUGUGCCGUCUCCCCCUCCCACCCUGAAUAUCUGUUGACAUUCACCCUUCCUUACGCCAAAAUGGACUCUUGACAAGAUCUCACGAGGACUCGGAGCACACACACAAGUCAUCCUUCCCUCGGCGCUCAUACCAAAUCAUGUUCUCUUAAAUUACAGUAAUGGAGCAAAUCCUAUGCAUUUCCCAUUGUGCUACACGUGUAGUUGUGUGUGACACAGCAGUGCCAUCUGUCGUGAAAACCCUAUAACUGCCAUCUACUACUAGAGCUUGUGAUCCAAUGUACGUUUGUGUUGAAGGAUCCCCCAAGCCUUUUUUGGACAGGCAAAGCCACCGGGUCUCCCUCGCCAUACUAAUAUGAUUCUCCCCAGUCGCACUACUCAGUGAACCAGCCAGCCUUUAAUCUUCACUGUAUGUUCGUUUGUUUCUCUCGCUCAGUGGGAACUCUGACCUAAAGAAGUGAAACUUUUUCUUAAUAUAAAGAAUCUAGAGAAGGCAAAUUAUAUGUAGAAAUCAUAGAGUAACUAUAGAGAUUUUACCAGAGUUGCUAUCGUUAUCUGUAUCAUAAAGAAUUGCUAUCAUAUAAGAGAGUAGAUUAUGUUACCGUAGGCUCACACAGGGAAAGAACAAAUGCUUUGCUUUAUAUUUUGUUUUUGUUUACAUGGUUUUUGCCGAAAUGUUUUUUUUUUAAAGUACAAGAGAAUAUUUAAACAAAUUUUUUCAGUGUGUUUUUUUCUCCUUGUUGACAAUGACUUAAUUAAUAAUGUAAUUUUAAGGCCUUUUCAGAUCCUAAUGUCACAUUAGCCAGGCCUUCUCAGGGGUGACAGGUUGAGCAACUGCUAACAUGACCAUCCAUUCAGGGUAUCCCUCCAAAGCUCUAGAGAGCAGGAAACACUGUACAAAUGGAUGGAUUGACAAAAAACAAAAUAAAAAAAUCUUACAGUGCUGUACAUUAGAGAGGAAGGGGUGGAUUUUGGAAAAUAAAGAUUUUAGAACUUUA